AUGAUGUUGCAGAAGAAGGUGAACUAUGGUUUUAAUGGCUAUAAAGGGCCUGCCAUUCCCAAAGCUUCAAGGUCAAUUAGGGGUAGGGGUACAAUCAAGAAGAAACCUGAAAAUAACCAAAUACAAGCUUUUGAAAUAUUGGCUAAUGUAGCUGGCAACUUUUUACAAGAGAGUGAGAAUUCUGGUCUUGACAAUGUAGCUUCUGCAAAAGAUCCUCACACUUUCUCUAGUGCUGACAUGAAGGAUAAGCUUGAGGAUGAAAGAGGAUCAUUUAAGAAGGACCUAUGUGAGCAUGGAAAUUGCAGUGAAAUUGUCUCUGCCUGUGUCCCUAGCAGGCAAGGGAAACAUGAGAACCUUAGGUUGUUAUGUUCUAUGCAAACUCUUGCCAGAGUCAUGGACAGUUCAUCUUUUCCUGGCAACCAUCUUGAAGGCCAAGGCCAAAAUAUCCUUGAAAGGGAAGAUGAAAGGGGAAAAAGAAGAAGAGUAAAUGAGAAAAACACUCACAUUAAAGGCUGCUUUGAGGGGUUAAUAGAACCAAGUUGCAAAGUGUCUAAAGAUUGCAGCUCAGAAAAUAAUGUGGCAAAGUCGUCAUUGGAAGGCCAUAGGCAUAUUGAUUCCUUCCCCAACACUUCCAGUGGCAGGAAAUUAGGUAGAGAUGAUGAUGAAAACUUAGUUAACAGCACUCAACUAAACUCCAGGGAUAAGAUAUAUAGCACACCACCAGAUAUGCAAAAAUUGAAAUAUGCAAGUUCCCUUAUGAGUGAUGAGAACAAUAGUAGGGACAAUUCUGAGCUUGAAAAUUUACAAAGGAUGUACCCAUUUAAGAAGAGGAAGUUCUUCAACCAGACCUCAUCAUCCACUUCUGAUAGGGGGUCUCAAUGCCAAGGCACGUUCGAUUCUUCUGAUACCACAAGGGUCAAUGACACAAAUCAUGGUACAGCAAUUGAAGAAUCAUCCUCUAUAGUUGGUCAACAAGUGCAUUCUGGGUCCAAGGGUUGUAACGUGAAGCUGAGCAUAAAAUCCUUUAAAGUCCCAGAACUUUUCAUUAAUAUACCUGAAACUGCAACUAUCGGUUCAUUGAAAAGGACAGUAAUGGAGGCUGUGACAACUAUACUUGGAAAUGAAUUACAUGUAGGAAUUCUUCUUCAGGGAAAGAAAGUCCGAGAUGAUAGCAAAACUUUAAUCCAAACAGGAAUAUCUCAAGAUGACAAACGUCAUAGAUUAGGAUUCAUGUUGGAGCCAAGACAUACUUCAAAUUCUCCAUCUUCAUGCAAUGAUAACCCUUGUUUUCUAACCACUGGUUCGCAGCAAAAAUUAUCCAAGCUAUCAACAUCUUUAAUGUUACAACAAGGAACAUACAAUGUAUCCCAAGAACGUUCUAGGAUCAAAAUCGAAAGUUGUGUCGAGGGUGAUCUUAAUGUGGUCUCCUCUCAACCAGAUACUUAUGCAAACAAUAACGUGUCAAAAUGUCGCACUCUAGUGGCAGUUCCGGCCAUUAACAUGGAGGCAUUGGCUGUGGUUCCAUUUCGACGCAAAUCUGGGAAUCCUGACUUUGCACAACGCCGAAUUAGAAGGCCAUUUUCGGUUCUAGAAGUAGAAGCAUUGGUUCAGGCUGUUGAAAAACUUGGAACUGGAAGGUGGCGUGAUGUCAAACAACGUGCUUUUGACCAUGCAAAACAUCGAACUUACGUUGAUUUGAAGGAUAAGUGGAAGACAUUAGUGCACACUGCUAGAAUCUCACCUCAACAGAGAAGGGGAGAACCUGUUCCUCAGGAGCUUUUGGAUAGGGUCUUAGCUGCUCAUGCCUAUUGGUCUCAACAGCAAUGUAAGCAUCAACUCAAACCAUUAUGAGAUAUUUCGGAUAUUGAAGGAUGCAGAAGAACAAGUCUAUUGCUGCACAAGUACA